AUGAUACCCUCCGUUCGACUGUUUGCGGCUUCCGCUUUGCUCACCAACACCUUGUCCCUGGUCAAGGCAGUAGCCAACCCCAUCAACAUCCCAAGUCCAAUGCUCCAGCCAGCCUUUCCCGCUUGUGAGCAGUUCCACCUCGCCAUUGCAGGAGAAGACUGCAACUCCAUCAUUGCUUCGGCUCAGCUCGACUGGUACGAGUUCUUCCGUAUCAACCCUGCCAUCGGUGGCGAACAAUGCUGCACUACGAAGAUCCUCGCCGAUACGUGGUAUUGUGUCAAAGCUCGAGGCUCUGGCGAUGCCGCUCCAUCGGCCACUCAUGAGCCUGAGCCUAAGCUAACAAAGACAUCCGGGGAACCCAAAAGUACGACAAAGUCUACAAAGACAAUGACGACAAAGACCAAAAACCCCGAGAUCACCAAAGCCCCCGUGCCCAACUACAACGAAUGCCGAUUUGGCGACUGCUGGUACGCCUUUGGCGAGUUGAGCAGAGGCAACGACGAGAACCGCGCCGAGGCCUCUAGCAUGUGCAGCAGGGUCUUUGCAGAAGGAUGCAAGGAAGACUGGGACUGGCCUGGCAAGGUGGGCAGACUCUGCAACGGUUGCAAGGAGUUCAGCUCGGCCUGCCCCUGCUUCCUCGCAGGACACUACCACACCAGGUCCAACAACGCCUUGUACACACGGAAGGGCCAGCAGGGCGACAGUGAUUUCCUGCCAUCCGAUGACUGA